CCCUAUAAACAACAAUUAGCUACCAGUCUGGCGCCAGUUUUAUAUUUAGUGAUUCUUUAUAACGAUAAGCGAGUUUCAUCGAUUUCUUGCCGUUGGGCAUCAUAUAUCUCGAUCCCUAUUGCAAAAGCCUGGUAAAGUACCAAGAUGGCUAACGAGUCACCAUGGGUAGAAAAAUAUCGGCCUGAGAAAUUUACGGAAAUCGUCGGUAAUGAGGAAACCGUAGCACGGCUGGAAGUCUUCUCGCGACAAGGAAAUAUGCCAAACAUUAUCCUUUGUGGCCCCCCUGGCGUGGGUAAAACUACAACUAUACUUUGCCUGGCACGCUUGCUUCUUGGGAACUCGUUCAAGGAUGCCGUGCUCGAACUGAAUGCUUCGAACGAUCGUGGAAUCGAUGUUGUUCGAAAUAAGAUUAAAAUGUUUGCUCAAACCAAGGUUACAUUACCACGGGGUCGACAUAAGAUUAUCAUUCUCGACGAGGCCGAUUCCAUGACAGAGGGCGCUCAGCAGGCAUUAAGACGCACAAUGGAAAAUUAUUCUAAAACGACCCGUUUCGCAUUAGCUUGCAACACGUCAGAUAAGAUUAUCGAACCCAUUCAGAGUCGUUGCGCUGUUGUUCGAUUUGGAAAACUUAACGACGCCCAGAUUCUUGCUAAGGUGAUCGAUGUGUGCAGAAAGGAAAAUAUUUCGUACACCGAAGACGGCCUGGAGGCAAUCGUCUAUACGGCCCAAGGCGAUAUGCGCCAAGCAAUUGGUAACCUUCAGUCAACACAUGUUGGCUUCGGGCACGUCAAUGCAAAAAAUGUCUUCAAAGUGUGCGAUGAACCCCAUCCGCUCAUUAUCAAAGAGAUAAUCGAGUUUUGCUCAAAGGGCGAUAUCGACGAAGCAUACACUCGGAUGAAAACCCUUUACUCCUUAGGCUAUGCAGCAGAAGAUAUCAUAUCUAACAUGUUCCGCGUGACAAAAUCUCACCAAGGAUUAGCCGAAUUUGUUAAGCUGGAGUUUGUUAAGCAAAUCGGCCUAACUCACAUGACUAUCCUACAGGGGUUAGGAUCGUUGCUACAGCUUUCUUCGCUUCUAGCUAAUCUUUGCCUUAUUGUUCAGGAUAAAAAGCCGACGAUAGUCUUAGUGUAAAUAAUGUGGUAAUACGAGCAUGUAAUUUUCAAAUCAUCAACCAAGGAGUUUGUCCAUUUCACAAAGUGGCUAAAUGCGUAUCAGUUACGCCGUUCGGUUGUAAAUGUAACUUUUGUUAUUGUAAUAUGCUGCACACCUGUCAUGAAUUCAAUUUGGAACAAUUUAUGGCGAAUUUAUUGGGGAUUAUAGGAGCCAAUUCAAGCCUUGUUUUUUCUCGUAGUAAGGUUAACUUACUCGGAUUCAAUGAUCCGAAUACGCCCCAAUAUAUAUAUAUAUAUAUAUAUAUAUUCUUUGGAUAGUCUUUGGAUUAACGAGCGUUAAAUUACUUUUCGAAUCGUCUGCGACGGUAAUUCUAGCAUAACGUAAUUAAUCCAAAGACUUAAACACAGACACAUGAAAAUUGUCCGUAUAUAUGCAUUUACAUAUUAAAAUGUAA